AAAGGUAACGUAUACACAAACAACUCUUACACAGCAAAGCAAACGAACCAUCAUCACUUACUGAACUACUCAAUAUGUUGCAAUUCAUCAUCUAUGGCUUCCUUCUCCUCUGUUUCUCAAUCCACCUGAUAAAACUAUCCCGUCCAACUCCCACCACCACCACCAACAACAAAAAGCGCAUAACAAAACUACCCCCUUCCCCUCCCAAGCUCCCCGUCCUCGGAAACCUCCAUCAGCUCGGUCUCUACGCUCACCGCUCACUCCAAACCCUCGCUCGCCGCCAUGGCCCCCUGAUGCACCUCCGAUUCGGCACGGUACCCGUCGUCGUAGCCUCCUCGGCCGCGGCGGCCAGAGAGAUCAUGAAGACCCACGACCACAACUUCUCGGGCAGGGUGGAAUCCGCAGUCGCCGCCAAGCUUCUCUACGAUUACGAGGACAUCUCCACCGCGCCGUACGGCGAGGGCUGGAGGCAGAGGAGGGGCGUCUGCGUCGUUCAUUUGCUCAGCAAUCGGAGGGUUCAGUCGUUUCGGAGAGUGAGGGAGGAAGAGACGGCGAUCCUGAUGAAGAGGAUGAGAGACCAGCGGGUUGUGGAUUUGAGCGAGAGCUUUGCGACUCUGACGAACGAUGUCGUGUGCAGGGCGGCUCUGGGGAGGAAGUACAGCGAAUUGGGGAGCAAUGGGGGAAGGAAGUUCAACGAGCUGCUGUUGGAGUUUAUGGAGCUUCUGGGAAGCUUCAAUGUUGGCGAUUUCAUCCCGUGGUUGCGUUGGAUUAAUAUCUUUACCGGUUUCAGUGUCAGGGUCGACACUAUUGCCAAGGAAUUCGAUGACUUUCUUGAGGAAGUAGUUGACGAACAUACCAGAAAGCUGGAAAACAGAGCAAGCAGAGAGACAGAGGAAGAUCGAGAAGAAGAAGAAGAAGAAGAUUUGGUGGAUAUUCUUCUGAACCUCCAAAGAGAUAAAUCGCUGGGAUUCCCUCUUACUCGAAAGAAUGUUAAAGGCAUCAUCUUGGACAUGUUUGCUGCGGGGACGGAUACAAGCUACACGGUUCUAGAAUGGGCGAUGACGGAGCUCCUCAGGCAUCCAAAAACGAUGGAACGAUUACGAGACGAGGCGAGGCGAGUUGGGAAGGGGGAAGCAGAGAUUAACGAAGACGACUUGGACGAAAUGUUGUAUCUCAAAGCAGUGAUGAAAGAGACACUACGAAUGUAUCCACCAAUCCCGCUCUUGGUUCCUCGAAAACCUUCACGGAGCGUGGAGAUCGAAGGCUACCACGUUCCUGCCGGAACGAUGACGAUGGUGAACGCGUGGGCGAUAGGGAGGGACCCGGGGAUUUGGGAGCAACCAGAGGAGUUCAAGCCAGAGAGGUUUUUAAAUGAUGGUUGUAAGGUGGAUUUUCGGGGGCAGGAUUUCGAGCUGAUUCCGUUCGGUGCUGGAAGGAGAGGUUGUCCUGGAAUUUCGUUCGCCAUGGCGACGAAUGAAUUGGUGCUGGCGAAUAUGGUGAAUGGGUUUGAUUGGAGUUUGCCGGAAGGGAUGAGAGUGGAGGAACUAGACAUGGGUGAAUGUCCAGGACUCACUAUUCAUAAGAAGGUUAAAUUGGUGGCAGUUUGUACACCGCGUCAACUCCAUGCCUAAAAAAAUGUUGUUAUCAUUGGUUACACUAGUUUUGUUUCGUACUUUUCUUUCUAG